UGCGCCAAUUCAAAUCCACCAAGCAAGAAGAUGCCGGAGACGAGCAGCGCAAAAUUUCCUUCCGAUAAUCUCUUCCCGUCGCUGAUCUCCGACAUCAAAGCCUACAAUGGGGCGGAUCCUCUGCUCCCAUGGCUUCGCGGGAUAAAGAAGCUCAAGGAGGUGCUGCCGCCUCAGCUCCUGAAAGAGAAACUGCCUCGAUUUCUCCAGAAAUGCGCCGAGACUUUCAUGAACGACCGCCGUUACUCCAACGAUAUGCGAUACCUCCGCGUUUGGCUGCAAUUGAUGGAUUUUGUGGAGGAACCGAGAGCGGUGUUGAAAACAAUGGAGGCGAAUCGGAUUGGGCUGAAAAAGUCGGUUUUUUACCAAGCGUAUGCUCUCUAUUAUGAGAAGCUGAAGAAGUUUGAUGCAGCUGAGAAGAUUUAUCAUCUCGGAGUGCAGAACCUUGCAGAGCCUGCUGAUGAGUUGCACAAGUCAUACGAGCAAUUUCUCCAUCGGCUGGAGCGAGCAAAGAAUAAGAGAGUUCAGCUACAGGGAGGGAAAACAAGCAAGGGAAGAUUGAACCACAAUGAGGCUAGAAGUUGCAAAGAGAAAUUGCACGUGAAAGAAUCAAAUCAUACCAGUAAUAGUGGAGGACUUGAUGAAGAACUUUAUAGAAAGGUAGUUCUAAGUGACUCCAGAGUUGAGGGACAAGAUGAAAACAAAAAGCUCUGUAGUGAUGACACGGUUGUGGUUAGGUUUGUAGACACUGCGAUUGUUGGGAAAUCCAACGCAGAAGAUGCACGCCAUCAUGGUCUUGUUGAACCUACAAUUAAUACAAAAGAGGCCAUGAAUGCCAUUAAUAGCAUGUUCCGGGAGCCGUUAGAACCAUCAAUCUCAGGCAGGUCAAGAAGAAACAAGUCUAGUAUUGGUAACAAUGCUGAGAAUGGAUUUAGUGUUUACAGUGAUGAAAGCUUAGAGUCGAAGCAGAACUCUCCAGAGGUUCCAUCGCUGCCCCAACUCACACCACCUGACACUAAUCAGCCUCUGGGCGAAUCAUUUGAAAUAUACGUGGAUGGCGAGGAAACUGGUGAUGUUAAAGAGAUGGCAAAUGGGAAAGGUAUACCAGCUCGAGAUACUAAUCCUGUUGACAUAUCUAUUAGCCAUGCUACUGUGUUUGCUAGACCAAAUGAUCACCCUUCAGCAUUAAAGGACCCGAAUUAUAGGAGGCCAAUCCGGGAGGAUACAGCAGUUUAUAGAUUUGUAGGUUCAACCAUUUCUGAUGAACCGGAGGUAGAGAAUGCUUGGCACCAUGGCCUUGUAGACCCCACCAUUAAUCUGAAGGAGGCUAUGCAAGAUAUCAAUAGCAUGUUUGGAAAGCCAAUUGAAUUUACAAGGAAAAGAAGGCCAAGGAAACACGUCGAAUCACCUGAAGUGAAAGACCAUAGUGGAGGGUUUCUCAUACUUCCUGAUGAUGAUGAUGAACCAGAAGAUACAAAGCCUAAUCCUGCUAGCGGUUUCUUUGGAAAACCUAUGGCUUCGAAAUGUAACCGUGAUCAGAGCCGAAACAAAAUGCCAGAAGAUAUGAACAAUCAUUCUGGGUUUCUAAUCCUUCCUGAUGAUGAAGAAGAUAUCCAACAAGAGAGCUCCUUGCCAAGUUCGUCUACAAGAAACAACAGUGAUUUGUUUGAACAAACUGUGUGCACCAAAGAGGCAAUGGAUGAAAUCAACAAAUUGUUUGCAAUGCCAAUGGAUUUUUAAAAGCCGAUGACGCUGAUGAUGGCCCCUUUAAUAGGCUUAGCUCUGUUCAGGUGCCACGACCCGUAGUUCUCACAGCUUUGGCAGUAGACGAGGCCUUCCACCCCCACUUCAGUCACCUUCGCUGCUGGCUUUG